AUGUCGUAUAUGCUGCCUCAUUUGAGUAAUGGCUGGCAAGUAGAUCAGGCAAUAUUAGCUGAGGAGGAUCGUGUCGUGCUUAUUCGAUUCGGUCAUGACUGGGAUCCAAGUUGUAUGCGAAUGGAUGAGACUUUGUAUAAAAUUGCGAACAAGGUGAAAAAUUUUGCUGUAAUAUAUUUGGUUGAUACGACAGAGGUGCCUGAUUUUAAUAAAAUGUAUGAAUUGUACGACCCGUGCACUGUGAUGUUUUUUUUUCGCAACAAACACAUUAUGGUUGAUUUAGGUACUGGUAAUAACAACAAAAUCAACUGGCCUAUCACUGAUGGACAAGAAUUGAUUGAUAUUUUGGAAACAGUAUACAGAGGUGCUCGUAAAGGUCGUGGUCUAGUCGUGUCUCCAAAAGAUUAUUCAACCAAAUAUAAAUAUUAA